GGUGUAGCUGAUGACCCGCGCAUUGCUCGUCUUGACAGUCAAGGAGGGCAAAAUGCCUGGCACAAUCCCGCUGAGCCUCGUGCUGAACGACUGCACAAAGAUGCGGACUCCAAUUCAUCCAGCUCGGAAGACAUAGAUCGCAGCGGCACCUGGGGCGAACACGAUGCAGGCAUCCCUAAUGAAGUUAUGGCCAUGGAGGAUUUCAGGGCUCUUAGGAGAGAGCUCACCAACCGAUCGAGAACCAGCACACGUCAAUCACUAGGCCGAAAACAAUCAUCCAGAAGACACAGCAACGUCACUGAUGCCGCUGACGAGGAAUCCGAAGUUGGAGGAAACACUGAGGCUCAAGGCAAGGAUGAGGAUGACUUCGAACUCGGUGAAUUCAUGAGAGAAGGUCAUCUCGGUCAGCGCAAAGGCGACAAGUCAGCCAAGAAGGUUGGUGUGGUAUACAAGAAUCUUACUGUCAAGGGUGUUGGAGCUGGCGCAACCUUCGUCCGUACCCUGCCUGACGCCAUCUUGGGUACAUUUGGACCGGAUCUCUACCACAUACUGUCCAGAUUUGUUCCCUUCCUUCGCCACAAGAACGGUGAACUGAAGACACUCAUCAACGACUUCUCGGGUGUUGUAAGAGACGGAGAGAUGAUGCUGGUUCUAGGCAGGCCUGGUGCUGGAUGCACAACCUUCCUUAAGGCCAUUGCCAACAAUCGCGAAGGCUAUGCACAAGUCGAUGGAGAAGUUUCGUACGGUGGCAUCCCGGCAGAAAAGCAGAGAAAGAUGUAUCGCGGAGAGGUCAACUACAACAUGGAAGAUGACAUUCAUUUCGCUACCCUCAACGUGUGGCAAACAUUCAUGUUCGCCCUCCUCACAAAGACGAAAAAGAAGGCCAAUGGAGACAUUCCUCUUAUCGCCGAUGCUCUGAUGAAGAUGUUCGGAAUCAGCCACACAAAAAUGACGCUAGUUGGUGACGAAUACACAAGAGGUGUCUCAGGAGGUGAGCGAAAGCGUGUAUCGAUUGCCGAAACCCUUGCAUCAAAAAGUACUGUCGUCUGUUGGGACAACUCAACUCGCGGUCUCGAUGCCUCAACAGCCUUGGAUUAUGCAAAAUCUCUUCGUAUCAUGACCGAUGUCAGCAACAGAACCACGUUGGUGACCCUUUACCAGGCAGGUCAAGGUAUCUACGAUCUCAUGGACAAGGUCUUGGUCAUCGACCAAGGCCGCUGUAUCUUCACUGGUCCUGCUGGAGCUGCCAAGCAGUAUUUCAUUGAUCUAGGUUUCGAAUGUCCUGAGAGACAGACUACUGCCGACUUCUUGACCGCCAUCACUGAUCCCGUAGAGAGAAAGUUCAGACCAGGCUGCGAGGCCAGCACGCCCAAGACCCCCGUUGAGCUCGAACGCGCUUUCCGCGAAUCUCCAUUCUUCACCCGAAACAUGCAAGAUGUCCAAACCUAUGAACAACACCUCGAGCAAACCAACCACGAAGAUGCCAAAGAGUUUGAGGAGACCGUCCAGGCUGGUAAAUCCAAGACUGUCACCAAGAAAUCACCAUAUACUGUCAGUUUCAUCCGCCAAGUGCUUGCUUGCACCAAGCGUGAGUUUUGGCUCCUAUGGGGAGACACUACCACUCUGUACACGAAGGUGUUCAUCAUCAUUUCCAACGGUCUUAUUGUCGGUUCUCUCUUCUACGGACAAUCUCUGAACACAGAUGGCGCUUUCUCUCGUGGUGGUUCCCUCUUCUUCUCUAUUCUCUUCCUUGGCUGGCUGCAACUCACUGAGUUGAUGAAGGCUGUCAGUGGACGUGCUGUUGUUGCUCGCCAAAAGGAAUAUGCUNUUUACCGUCCCUCUGCUGUCAGUGUUGCCCGUGUGGUUGCUGAUUUCCCAGUCAUCCUGGUUCAAGUCUGUCUUUUCACCGUCAUCAUGUACUUCAUGACUGGUCUUGAUGUCAAUGCUGGCAAGUUCUGGAUCUACUUCCUCUUCGUCUAUGUCAACACCAUCUGUAUCACUGCACUGUACCGUAUGUUCGCAAGCUUGUCACCAACCAUUGAUGAUGCGGUCCGCUUCUCUGGUAUCGCCCUCAACUUGCUCAUCAUCUACACUGGUUAUGUUAUCCCUAAGACUCAACUACUCAGUAACUACAUCUGGUUCGGUUGGAUCUACUACAUCAACCCUAUCUCAUACUCGUUCGAGGCUGUGUUGGCCAAUGAGUUCUCCGGUCGCACGAUGCAGUGUUCUCCGGACAACUUGGUUCCCCAAGGCCCUGGCAUCGAUCCCGCUUUCCAGGGAUGUACCUUGACUGGUGCAGCGGUCAAUGCUCACUCCGUUAAUGGUGCUGCUUAUCUCCAAACGCAAUAUACCUACACGCGCGCCCAUCUCUGGCGUAACUUUGGAGUUGUCAUUGCCUUUACCGUUCUUUACUUGCUUGUUACCAUCGCUGCCACAGAACUUUUCAGCUUUGUCGGCAGUGGUGGCGGUGCUUUGGUUUUCAAGAAGUCUAAANAGGCAAAGCAGCAGGUCAAGGCAGCCAGUCCCUCAGACGAAGAGAAGAUCGGGUCCGACAGUGACACUGCUGUUGGCGGAUCAACUGGCGAGAAGGAAGAACAAGAUGCCUUGGACUCUAUCGUGAAGAGUGAAAGUAUCUUCACCUGGAGAGACGUUGAAUACACAGUUCCCUACAAUGGUGGUGAGCGCAAGCUCCUCAACAAGGUCAACGGAUAUGCUAAACCUGGUCUCAUGAUUGCCCUUAUGGGUGCUUCUGGUGCAGGAAAGACAACUCUACUCAACACUCUCAGUCAGAGACAGAAAAUGGGUGUCGUCCAGGGUGAGAUGUUCGUCGACGGCAGACCUCUCGGCAAGGAGUUCCAGCGUAACACUGGAUUCUGUGAACAGAUGGAUCUUCACGACGGCACUUCGACUAUCAGAGAAGCACUCGAAUUCUCAGCGAUUCUUCGCCAGGACCGCAAGGUUCCUCGUGCUGAGAAGAUCGCAUAUGUUGACAAGGUCAUCGAUUUGCUUGAGCUCAACGACAUGCAGGAUGCUAUCAUUUCUUCUCUCGGUGUUGAGCAGCGUAAGCGUCUGACUAUCGGUGUCGAACUUGCUGCCAAACCUUCGCUACGUGAUGGUCUCGAUUCGCAAAGUGCAUACAGUAUUAUUCGCUUUUUGAAGAAACUAACCGCCGCUGGUCAAGCUAUUGUCUGCACCAUCCAUCAACCCUCAUCUGUUCUGAUCCAGCAAUUCGACAUGGUUCUCGCUCUUAACCCUGGAGGUAACACAUUCUACUUUGGUCCCAUCGGAGAGAACGGCAAGGAUGUUAUCGAAUACUUUGGUGCUCGUGGCGUCAAGUGCCCUCCAGCAAAGAACGUAGCAGAGUUCCUUCUCGAGACCGCCAUCAAGCCUAAGAAGCGAGCAGACGGAUCCAAGAUCGACUGGAACGAGGAAUGGCGCAACAGCAAGGAGGCCCAGGCGGUCAUCGAAGAGAUCGACGGACUCAAGCGUAUGAGGAGCAAGUCAGUCCACGAAUCGCAGAAUCAAGACGAAGCCACCGAAUUUGCUGCUCCCGUUUGGCUGCAGACUACCAUGCUCACCAAACGUGUCUUCACUCAAUACUGGCGCGACCCUUCAUACCUCUACGGCAAGCUGUUUGUCGCAGUCAUCGUCGGUAUCUUCAACGGUUUCACUUUCUGGCAACUUGGAAACUCUAUCCAAGAUAUGCAGAACCGCAUGUUCACGGCUUUCCUGAUCUUGACCAUUCCUCCUACUGUCGUCAACGCUGUCGUUCCGAAAUUCUAUCAGAACAUGGCGCUCUGGAUGGCAAGAGAGCUACCAUCGCGUAUCUACGGUUGGUUUGCAUUCACUACUGCUAUGGUCGUUGCCGAGAUUCCCAUUGCGGUUGUGAGUGCAGUUUUAUACUGGCUUCUAUGGUACUUCCCAUCCGGACUGCCGACUGACAGUUCUACUGCUGGUUAUACCUUCCUCAUGACACUGUUGUUCUUUUGGUUCCAGAGUUCAUGGUGGAUUUGUGCGUUCGCUCCGAGUUUCACGGUCAUCUCGAACGUCUUGCCCUUCUUCUUCGUUAUGUUCUCGCUGUUCAACGGUGUCGUACGUCCCUACGCCUCGCUUCCGGUUUUCUGGCGCUACUGGAUGUACUACAUCAAUCCCUCCACGUACUGGAUCAGUGGUGUGCUUGCCAAAACUCUCGACGGCAUCCGCGUUGAAUGCACACCCAGCGAAACAGCCAUGUUCAACGUUCCUAAUGGCCAGACCUGCCGGUCAUACGCUGGUGCCUUUGCAGCCUCAGCAGGUGGAUACCUUCUUAACCCUGACGCUACUGCCGAUUGCCAGUACUGUCCCUACGAGUACGCCAACGGGUACCUUGCCUCCCUCAACAUUAAGGCCAGUCAGGCAUGGAGAGAUCUUGGUAUCUUCUGCAUCUUCGUUGUUUCCAACUGGGCUCUGGUCUACUUCUUCAUCUACACUGUGCGUAUCAAGGGCUGGAGCUUCGGCUUUGGAAAGCUCUUUGGCGCUUUGGGCAGCUUGGUCGGGCUUAUCAAGAAGCCUUUCAAGGGCAAGAAGGAG